GCCCUGCGCAUCGCAGUGAACGACGAGCUGGGCCAGCUGGAGGCCGCCCUGCCAGCGGCGCUGUCGUGCCUCGCCCCCGGGGGCCGCCUAGCUGUGAUCUCGUUCCACUCCCUGGAGGACCGCCUGGUCAAGCACGCGUUCCUGAGGGCGGCGGGGCGGCCCACACCCGACAUGGAGGCCCUCACCUACGGGUCAGAGGGGCUGGAGGCGCUCGAGGCGCUGAGGGCCGGUGCGGUGGGCGACACGGUGACACGGCGGCCGGUGGCGCCAGGGCCCGAGGAGGUGGCGGCCAACCCGCGGGCGCGGAGCGCGAAGCUGCGCGUGUUUGAGCGCGCCGGGGGUGAGGGGACAGCCGGCAGCAGUAGCACGCAUCGGGGCAGCAAACGUCGGCGAAAAGAGCAGGAGCGGGCCGCAGCAGGGGAGGUGGUGUAA